AUGGCUUACUUCCCUCGAUUUGCCGGUGACUUCGCACCUUUGUUCCAACUUCUGGACGAUUAUGAUGUCCACCGGUCUAGCCGCCCCAAGAACAGGAAGGCCACACCCGUCCGCUCAUUCACUCCGAAAUUUGAUGUCUAUGAGGUGAACGACGUAUAUCACUUGGAAGGCGAACUUCCUGGGGCCGAGCCGAGCAACAUUGAAAUCGAGUUCUCUGAUCCACACACUCUGGUCAUCAAAGGUCGCGUGGAGAAGAAUGAAGUGGGCACCCCUCAGACAGCGGGUCAAACAUCGCCGACAAAGUCACACCAGCCGACAGUUGAGGAUGACGACGAAGACGAAGACAACAAAUCAACCAAGUCCUCGGAUAGCCACCCCACGCAGCUGGUCUCACAGAAACAAACCGAGCCAACCUCCAAGUACUGGGUUUCCGAACGCCAGACUGGCGAAUUCUACCGCACAUUCACCUUCCCGACGAGAGUGCAUCAAGAUGCAGUCAAGGCCAACCUGACAAAUGGAAUCUUGUCGCUACAGAUCCCGAAGGAGCCAGCCCCUCAGGUCAAGAAGAUCCGCCUCGAGUAA